UUUUUAUCUGGAUAACUUGUUCAUGAACCAUGGGAUCCUUGUAUGGUGGAUUCACACAUAAAUUGGAAGUCCUAAAGAGUUAAAGGUCCCAAUUGACUUAUUUGAAACCCAACAUAAUUUGGAUUUUGGGAACAAAGAUUUACAAGCUCGUCUACAAUUCACUCGAAGCUAAAUCUGGCCAGACUUCCGACGGGAACUCCUCCGUUCUCUCAAACUCUCCUCGAUGGAGAGUCACAGUAUCAGUAACUGUGACUCAGUAGACGACGUCGUUUCGCAGUUACCACUUCAGCUGAUCAAAUCGGAGAUCAUACCUCCGGCACCGAACCGAUCAAAAUCUCCAUCCGAAUUCGAGCCAGCAAUUGACUGGCAGCCGAACUUCGUUGGCUACUCAUGGAUCGCCUACGGUGCCUCGUCUCUCCUCGUCAUACGUCAAUUCCCUAACCCUCUCUCACAAACUGAGACUGUAACAGGCACAGUUUUUCAGCAGGUUCUCGAGCUGUCAAUCGACGGCUCUGGCACUGUCUCCGCCGUCGCUUGGUCUCCAGUGACGCCUUCUUCUGGAGACCUUGCCGCCGCACUUGAUAACUGCAUUGGAUUGUUCUCUUACAAUUCUGACGCUUCUCAUAGUUCUUUUUGUUGGAGCCAGACCUCAACACUAGUACAAUCUACAAAGGUGGAGUCAAUCACAUGGACGGGAUCAGGAGAUGGGAUAGUUUCAGGUGGCAUUGAAUUGAUAUUGUGGAGAAAGAAGGAGAGGUCAUGGGAAAUGGCUUGGAGAUUUAAAUCAGAACUGCCUCAGACUCUGAUUUCUGCUACUUGGUCAAUUGAAGGACCUUUGGCUGCUGCACCUUCACAUAGUUUGCACUUUGAAGGUUCGGGUUCUCGAAUACAUGCAGGACACAAAUGUGUUUUGGUAUGUCAAAGAGAUGCAAACGCCGGACAUUUAGAAGCUAUGCUACACCAUCCGUUACCAGUUUCUAUGAUUCAGUGGAGACCAUCUUUAGUUACACAGUCAACUAGAGAUGGCAGCUAUUCUAGGAGGUUGGUUUUAUUAACAUGCUGUUUAGAUGGAGCUGUAAGGCUCUGGAAUGAGAUUGAUGAUGGGAGGGUUAGAAAAGUUGGCAAGGAUAGUAAUGAUCACAAACUGAGUAAAUUCUCUUUUCGUGUUGUCGCUGUAGUUGAGGUAAACCAAGCAUUAAAUGGAAUGCUGGGCUUGGAUGUGUCUGUAAGAUGGGCAACAGAUAUUAAUGGUAUAAUAACUGUCAAUGGGGAAGCUGUGACAUAUUCCUCAUCAGAUGAACACCAACAAAGCAAUGCUGGUAGGUGUGAAUGGUUGAUUGCCGUAGGUCCUCAAACGACACUGACCUUUUGGGCUAUUCAUUGUCUUGAUGAUUUUUCUCCAGUGAGAGCCCCAAGGGUGACAUUGUGGAAAAGAAAAGAGUCGAACAGUCCUAACGAGGUGCCGAGGGGAUUGCUCUUAAAUAAAGUCCUUAUUAUGAGAAAUCAGGUCUUUGGUCCACCAACAGUGUGUUCUUUUAUUAGUCUAUUACCAAGUAACUCUCUAGCCUGGACGCAGUUAUACUCUUCAAAAUUCCCCAAAGGUGAAGAGGUAUCUUCAGAACUGAGUAGCACAGACGAGUCGCCUCCAAAUAAAUGUCAGACUGAAUGUUUACUAUCAUUAUGUGCAAGGGGACUUUCAAAUGCAGACAGUCACUGCAGUAAAAUUCUGCAAGUUGCAAUUCAUCCUUGUUUAUCUGAGUUGGAAUUUGCUGCCUCCCUGGACACUGAUGGAAAGCUCCUCUUUUGGUUGUUUUCUUCUGCUUCAAAUACUAUUGUGGGCCUCCCAACUUUGAGCCCAUCUUGGGAGCUGUUUGGAAAAGGCGCGAUUGCACUCCCUCAACAACCCAAGUAUACAAGCUUAAGAUGGGCACCCACUCUGUUAAGUGAAGAACGUAUUCUUAUCAUUGGACAUGCAGAUGGAAUAGAUUUAUCAGUAGUUAAGGCUGUGAAAACUGAAGAAUUGGAAAUAGUUUGUGACAAAAUAUGUACUAUACCACUUACCGCUGGAAGUCAUGGACAGGGGCCGGAUAGCGUCUUUUCAAUUCCGUUGCCUUCCACUUGUAACAAAACUAUUAUAAAUAGCUUUUUGCUGUUUGCUGUGUGGGAAAAAGGCUUUCAGGCAUUAUCGUGGAAAAUUGACCUUCAUCACUAUGAUUUGUCUGAAACACGCUGUGGUUGCAGUUUUGACAGUGCAAACACCUUGCAGAACAAUAUAUGGAAAUUUGAGAGUAGUUAUUCUGGUUAUACAUACCUUGUUUCUGUUGAACCUUGUUCAUCAGUUUUGCCAGAACCUCAUGACAAUAAUAAGAUUUCAAGUUAUGCUGUGAUCUGUCCCACAAACUCUGGUUUAACUGAAGAAAUUUUUGCUAAUAAUUUAUAUAGCAACUACUUUGCUUAUCAUAUGGUCACUGGUUGUCUUGAUGGUAGCUUGCUAUUAUGGAGAAGUGUGCCUGCUGGGAGCUCGAAUUCUCAAUGGUUUCUUGUUGGUAGGAUUGCUUUGCAGCAGGGUCCUAUUUUGGCUAUAUCUGCAAGUGUCUGUGGCAGAAAAAUUGCAACUAUCUCAAAAGGUCACUUAAGUACUUCUGCUAUUCAUAUAUGGGAAUGUGCGCGAAUUGAGGACGCUGGCAGCUUUAUACUAGAAGACACUUUAUAUUUUGAUGCAGAGGUUGUUGCUUCAAAUUGGUUGACGAUAGGGAAUGGUCAGUUUUUACUUGGAGUUUGCUCAAGAGGUAAGGUGCAGGUUUAUACUCAAAAGCGGUGUGGAGGUCAAUGCAAUUUGGAACCGGAAAAAUCAUUUGAAGGCAACAUCUGGGUAUGUCUUGCAGCAAGUGAUACUAACCCUACCAUUCAAGACUUCUUUUGGGGACCCAAAGCCAUGAUAGUGGUUGUUCAUGAUGAAUAUAUUUCUCUAUUUAGCAAGUUCUCAUACUUUAUGAACAAGAAACUUCUGCCCCAACUUGGUGGAAAAGUUUGCAAGGAAAGUUCUGUCUGUCACUAUGGUUCUAAUAAAGUGCCAAUAUUUUAUGGUCAUGAAAAUUAUGAUUAUGCACAGUAUCAGGCUAAUUUCCCCUUGAAAAUGGAAGUGGUCAAUGAGACUUCACUGUUUAGUAGCUUGACAAAAUCUAAAGAAGGCUUUACUUCUGUUAAAAAUGGGAUCUGGAGCAUUUUAGAGAUAGCAGAACUUGUAGGGGGAUCUCUUCCUCUUGUUCACCCGGAGGCAAUUCUUGUAAACUUACUUUCAGGUAAUUGGAAACGUGCAUAUGUAGCUCUGCAGUGUCUCAGUAAACACGUAGCUUCCUCAAAGUUAUCGGCGGAAAUAUGCUGCCUUCGAGCCUUCAGUGGUUUAAUAUUUCCCAUUUCGUUGUCAAACUAUCUUGAAGGACAUGUCUUGUUAAGCACUGGGGAGAAGUCAUUUCAGUGGGGUGGACCUUCAGAGGUUCAAAAAGGUUUCCUCCAAGCUUCCUCAAGCUGGGGAUAUGCUGCAUCUGAUAAUGCGCUCUCUAUCUCUCNAUCUGAUUCUAUCUCUUCUGCAAGAUCUGAAAUUACUGACUUUCUAGAAGCCUUUGAUAAACUUCAUAAUUUUGCAACUAUAUCUUCCACUGAAAUGAUGCAAAUUCGUGCUGCUAUUCAUCUUCUAGAUGAAGUUAGCAAUAUGCAGUCAACUUCUGCCUAUAAUAGCCUUGAUGGACCUGGUCGAAGGUUUUGGGUUUCAGUGAGGUUUCAGCAGCUAUAUUUUGUUCAACGAUUUCGCAGACUGCCAUCAGAAGGUGAGCUGGUUGUAUACUCGGGGCUGAUUGGAUGGGCUUUCCAUUCUGAUUGCCAAGAGAAUUUGUUUGAUUCUCUGUUAUCUAAGGAACCAUCUUGGCAAGAAAUGCGCGAUAUGGGUGUUGGAUUAUGGUAUACAAGUAUGGCACAACUGCGAGUGAAGAUGGAAAAGCUGGCAAGACAGCAAUAUUUGAAGAAUAGAGAUCCCAAGGCAUGUGCACUUCUGUAUAUUGCAUUGAAUAGGCUUCAUGUUUUAGCGGGCCUUUUCAAGAUUAGCAAAGACGAGAAAGACAAACCUCUGGUGGCAUUUCUUUCACGCAAUUUUCAGGAAGAUAAAAAUAAGGGAGCUGCUUUAAAGAAUGCAUACGUGUUACUGGGAAAACAUCAGUUGGAGCUUGCAAUUGCUUUCUUUUUGCUUGGAGGAGAUACCACAUCUGCUGUCACUGUUUGUGUGAAGAAUCUUGGGGAUGAGCAGCUCGCGCUUGUAAUUUGCCGACUUGUUGAAGGUUAUGGUGGAACGCUAGAGCAUUACCUUAUUUCGAAAAUGCUUCUUCCAUCUGCUCUUGCCAAAGGUGACUACUGGCUUGUAAGCGUACUGGAGUGGAUAUUAGGAAAACCCUCACAUGCUUUUCUUAGAAUGCUUGCUUUCCCAACGGGUUCCUUGAACGAUAAGUCAAUAUUCUCAUCCCGUCAACCUGCCUUCUUAGAUCCAAGCGUUGGUGACUUUUGCUUAAUGUUAGCAGCCAAAACUACCAUGAAGAAUGCUAUUGGGGAGCAAAAUGCUGCUGCCUUGAGUAGAUGGGCGAUCUUGAUGAGGGCCACUGCCUUAAGCAGAUGCGGUCUACCUGUAAGUUCAUCUAACUCUUUUGGUUUCCCUAAAUUUUGGGGAUUCACAA